AUGGCCGCAACAAAUCGCGAUUUAGCUGCUCAUCGCAAACGAAGGCGGAGGAGAAGGCAAGACAAGCCCGCCAUAUCAGCGAGGUUAGUGUUGGAUAAUCAUGUGAAGGGAGAUAUCGGUAUCUUAUCCGAUGACCUAUUCGCUGAUCUGUUUCCUCACUUGCAAGACGACCCUAUCGAUGGUGAAACUAAUCAAGUUCCCGAAAUUCACCAUGUUGCUAUUGCUCCUUGGUCACCGUCUUCGAGUCCGAAUCGAACCAACUGGACUAUAGUUCCAAUCGCCAAAUCCACUGCUCUCGCUCACUCGACCGUCCAAUUCUCUCCUUCGUCUCUCGCCUUGCAGAGUUUCGCGACUACCUUACAGCAGAUCGCACCCUCGAAGUUAUCUAGCCACAGCAGGAGUGGUAUUGAAAUAUUAGUCUUGGAUGUUACCGCGUUGCCUCUAGAUACCGUUUUCGUAAACCUCGAUAGUGACCUUGUGAAGAGACUGGAGGAUGGAGAAGGCACUUUCUUCACUGAUCAUCCUUCUGGUAAAGAAAAAGCUAUCGCUGGAAGUGAUGCUCCCACAGACCGGCUCGCCGCUGCUUUGCGCGUGGCACUGGGCACCUUAAAAGUCGUCCAUAAUGGAGAUCUAUUCCCUUUACCAUUACCGCCACACCCAAUUACACAUGUUCCUUCUACGCCAGGCAAGGUAACACUGUGUGAGCCCGUAGCACAGGGUGUUCUAGCACCAACCACUAAAAUCAUUUUAACGAGAGGUCAUGGCCAGUCAAAGCAGGGACGGAAAUCCAUCGCUCCGCCACAAGGGUUAAAUAAUGUCCAGGAGGACGAGGACACGGCGACCGACCAAUUCUAUUCCGCCGCCGAGGAACGCGUCAAGACUGAUGCGCCACACGAUGCCUCAGAUUUUAUUACGGAAACGGAUACUGAAGCUUCGGAUCCUGAGAAUGAAGAUGAGCUCUCGGACGACUCAAUGGAUGAUAUCAUAUCUCUCCAAGCACCGGCGCUGCCAUCUUCUAAUGCGAGCGGCAUCUCUACCAUGCAGCCGGGAACGCCCAUGACAUUGGGACGCGGAAGGAAAACCAAUGGCAUCGCCUCUCCUACCUCGGUUUUCUCUAGUUUCACCGCUACAACUGCUCGCCCGGACCGUCCCAAGGGUCGCCUCUUCAAGGCCCAUGGUUUAAUGAACUCGAUACCUUCAGAAUUACUUCAUCCGAAGCCGACGGCCGAAGACGACGAGGAGGUACGGGUAUAUGUGGACAUCAACUCUUUAACCAGGAUAGGCUGCUUUUCCGGGGACUGGGUACGCCUCGAGGCUUCAGAGGAGCCUCCCACCAACGGCAUUGGUCUUUUCGGCCUUGGCAGUUUCGGGCAACCCGGGGUGGAAGAGCCAACAUGGCGACCGGCCAAAAUUUAUGGACUUCCCGAAGGUUAUUCCCAUCGGCCCAUGACUAGAAUUCCGAGUUCGAAGCAUGACUUUGGCAAUCGAAGAACAUCGUUUUUCGAAUCGCAAGUAAUAAAUUCCUCGGGGCCUAGUGCAUAUAUGUCUCCUAUAUUAAUCGCAAACUUGGAGAAUGCGCCAUAUGUGCGAUUAUCCCCCUUAAAAAGAACGGCGCAUCCCCCAAGGCCGGGUCAGUCGAAAAUUACUGGUUCCUCUCGCCCGCCCUAUGCUCGAGAUGUAACCCUUCAGCAAAUACGAACGCCUGUAUCUUCUGAGAAGGCUCUUCAGACUGCUAUAUUUGGCGGAUUAAAGGAUCAUUUUUCACGAAGUAUCCGUGUAGUAAAAUCUGGCGACUUAAUCGGAAUACCUAUUGACACACAGCUUGGGCGGACCCUUCAAGAAUCAACCAAUGCAAGCGAUGGUCUUGCGCUUGACGAUGUCGUAGCUCUUGCAGCUUCGAACAAGACCGGCACCGGUGUUACAUUUAAACCUGAUGCGGUUGCCUGGUUCAAAGUUGCUCAUAUAGAACGCCAAAAAUCAGAACCUAUCGAUGAGGAGGACGAAGAAGAUAUAUGGAGCGGCGUGGCUUGUGUCGAUAGCUCCUUUACUCAGAUUGCCCAGUCUGGGGGUAGCACUAGCUCUCUCCCUGGUACAAAAGACAGCAAUUGGCCGUAUUAUUUAGGCGUUGAGGAAGCCCCCCAGCCCACAUCUAAUCUUCUGUCUUCCGUGGUUCAGCAACAGGCGAGAUUUACCCCUCCUCUCAGGCGACGGCUAAGGGAACUCAUGGCAGCUGCUACAAGCAAGCGAGCUGUUCAUCUUAAGAUGCCUCCUAUAGCUGUUCUCCUUGUGUCAACCCAGCGCAACAUUGGCAAGGCAACCAUAGCUACUGGUGCUUGUGCGGAUAUUGGUCUCCACACCUUUACUAUCGACGCCUAUGAUAUCGUCAACGAUAGUGGAGCUGGAGGUAGCGAUGUUAAAACAGAAGGACUCUUGAAAGCUCGAGCAGAUCGUGCUAUGACAUGCGGCCCUGAGUUCUGUGCUCUCCUUAUCCGACAUAUCGAAGCACUUACCGCGGAUAGAAUGGUUAGUGCAAUGAAAGAGGUCCUCAGUGACUCUAGAGUUUUGAUUGCGACGACUACUGAAGUCGACAAAGUACCGGAUGGUAUCAGAGGGCUUUUCACUCAUGAACUUGAGAUGACUGCCCCUGAUGAGGGUGAACGUGAAGGCAUUCUACGAUCUAUCAUCCAAAACCGCGGGGUAUCUUUAGCACCCGAGGUCGAAUUGAGCGGUGUCGCCGUCAAAACUGCAGCCCUUGUUGCUGGCGACCUAGUUGACGUGGUUGAGCGCGCGAUAGUUGCGCGUGACUCACGCCUCGAAAUGUUGUCAACGAAAGCUUCUAACGAAAAUUCGACUGUCACCGUUCGUGAUAUUCAGGUUUCGGGUGGUUCAUCCGCGAGAUGUCUAACCAAAGCCGAUUUUGAUAUUGCAGUAGAUGCAGCACGGAAGAAUUUUGCCGACGCCAUUGGUGCACCAAAGAUUCCCAAUGUUACCUGGGACGACGUUGGAGGUCUCAAUAAUGUUAAGGAAGCGGUUAUGGAGACUAUUCAACUACCCUUGGAAAGACCGGAGUUGUUCGCCAAGGGAAUGAAAAAGCGAUCCGGUAUCUUGUUCUACGGUCCUCCCGGCACCGGCAAGACCUUGCUCGCAAAGGCAAUUGCUACAGAGUACAGUUUGAACUUUUUCAGUGUCAAAGGUCCCGAGUUGCUUAACAUGUAUAUCGGAGAAUCCGAAGCAAAUGUCCGCCGGGUGUUCCAGCGAGCCCGAGAUGCGAGGCCCUGUGUCGUCUUCUUCGACGAACUUGAUUCGGUUGCUCCCAAGCGAGGAAAUCAGGGCGACAGUGGAGGUGUUAUGGACCGUAUCGUGUCUCAGCUACUGGCUGAAUUAGAUGGCAUGUCCGGGGGAGAUGACGGAGGAGGGGGCGUGUUUGUCAUUGGCGCUACCAAUCGACCAGAUCUGCUCGAUCAGGCAUUGCUUCGUCCAGGUAGAUUUGAUAAGAUGCUCUACCUUGGCGUCUCUGAUACGCACGAGAAGCAGCUCACGAUUAUGGAAGCCUUGACAAGAAAAUUCACCCUCCACCCGUCUGUCUCACUACCGGCCGUCGCGGAACAUUUACCUUUCACUUAUACGGGUGCCGACUUCUACGCUUUAUGUAGUGAUGCCAUGCUUAAGGCCGUCACGCGACAGGCAACGCUCGUGGACACUAAGAUCCGCGUCAUCAAUGCAGACCGGGAGAAGGAAGGGCAUGCACCUAUCUCCACAGCCAACUUCUUUGAUCAUCAUGCUACGCCCGAAGACGUUGCUGUCAUGGUUACGGAACCGGACUUCCUCGACGCAAACAGGGAGCUAAUACCUAGUGUCAGCGCCGGCGAACUAGCUCACUACGAAAGAGUCAAAGCCACGUUCGAAAACCAAGAUACAAAACAGCCGCAACCACAACCACAGCAGCAACAGAACGAUGAUAUGCCUCCUUUGGUGAUGGACGGCGGUAGUGGCAGCGGUUCCCGGUCCGUCUCGGGUAGCAAGGGUAAAGGCAAAUCAGUGGCAAUAGAUAAUAAGAGUAAGGGAAAAGGAAAAGCGAUCGCCGCCAGCGACGAGGAGAGCGACAACGGCGAACCAUAUGGGAGCUACGGUGGAAGCGUCAAUGGUAGGUCCAAGGGGAAGGGCAAGGCGAUCGCUAGAUUCACGGACGGGACUGCGAGUGAUGAUGAUGGGUUAUAUUAA